AUGCUCGCGUCCCGCUCGUCCCUUUUUCCCCCACGACUUCAGCUGGAUGCCUUUGGUCACAUCAUCACCGUUUUCCACGGCCGCAAGAGCCUCUCGGCUGAGGAAAUUGAAGAGCGCUACCCGGCCUCGUUCAUCAACAUGAGCGAUCUUUCAACCUCCCGCUACUUUGUCAUGAACACCCUCUUCAACAUCCCAGAGAUUUGCGCGUUUGCGGACAUUGUGCACUUCUUCUCUGAGCGGGAAGGAUACACAGAGCUUGAGGACGGGACGGGGAUGCAGGCCAAGCACACGCUGCUCACCUUCCGCUCCAUGUUCCACGACGUGCGCGGCGCCAUGGAGCACAUCCACUCCAGGGGUGUGUUGCAAGCGAAGAUCAUGGAGGACCUGGACAAGUAUGUGCAGAAGGAGCCGCAACUGCCCAUCCUCCUCCGCCGGAUAUCCGACUCGGGCAAGGGGUGCUUCCUGCUGACCAACAGCGACUACAACUACACCAAAGUCAUCAUGAACUACCUCUUCACCGUCGACCUGCCAGAGGGCUGGGAUCGCGACUGGCAGUCGUACUUUGAUCUGAUUGUCGUCUCUGCGCGGAAACCGCUCUUCUUCCGCGACGGCACCGUGCUCCGCGAAGUGGACCAGGAGACGGGCAAGCUGAAGCUUGGGCAGUAUUCUGGCGGAUCGCACCGCGGGCGCGUGUUCUCUGGUGGUUCCGCUGACAUCAUCAGCGAGAUGUUGGGGAAGAUGGGAGACAACAUCCUGUAUGUCGGCGAUCACAUCUUCGGAGACGUCCUCAAGUCGAAAAAACUGCGCGGAUGGAAGACCUUCCUCAUCAUGCCUGAGCUGCACCAGGAGCUGCGGUCGUUGCAUGCAGGCAUGAAGUACUACCAGCGUCUGAAGAACCUCGAGUUUAUGCUGGCAGAGCUCUACAGGGGCCUGGCCUCUGACGCAACGGAGGAGCCAGAUGCGUCUGAAUUGAAGAAAGCCAUUGACGACACGUCAAAGACCCUUGAUCGCGUCUUCAACCACUACUUUGGCAGCACCUUCCGCAGCGGUUCGCGGCAGUCGUUCUUUGCGAUGCAGACGUCGCGGUAUGCGGAUCUGUACUCCUCGUCCCUGCUCAACCUCAUCAACUACCCGCUCUUCUACAACUUCCACUCCGUCGCCCUCUCCCUCCCGCACGAGUCUGGCCUUUGGAAGCGCUGA